AUACGCCAACGCCACGAACCGACUCUCCAUCUUCCCGGGCAAUAAAAACCCAGGAACGCAUCGCCGUCUCCUCCCCCGCUUCGAGCAAUCGAUCCCCAGAGUUUUGGAGUCCCGCAUCCUGAUCUCCAUCUCCCACCGCAUCUCCGCGCGCGCCCCAUCGCGAUUUCGGCUCCGCGGCUGCCUCGAUCGAUUCCCCCAAGGCCGCAGGUGCUCCCUCCUCGCUCGAUCCCCACUCCUCUCGACUCGUCGCCCCUUCGGAUCCCGUUGCGAUGCUGAGCCUGCCUCCUCCGGCCCCACCCGCGGCGGCGGCGGCGGCGGCGGCGGAUGAGAAGCGUCCCUCGCCGCCGAUGAAGGUGACGCUGCUUUUUCCGUACGCCGUGGACUGCGUGUUCGGCGGCAUGCGCCGCGCCUGGGGCAUGGCUCUCGUGGGGCUCCACGUCGUGACCCGUGUCGUCAAGGUCGUCUCCUUCACGACAGACGCAGAGGAGGUCCGCUUCUUGGUACCGAUCUUCCGCGGCUGGGUGUACCUCGGCAUCGCCGCCGUGGUGCUCGUGACGUGCGUCGACAUCGUCUACUACUUGACCCUGAGGUGGCCCGCUUCUUGACACUAAUCUUCCGUGUGUGGGUGUACUUUGGCAUCACCGCCAUGUUCCUCAUGACGUGCGUGGACAUCGGUCACUACUUGUAUGGUUUGUACGCCUUGAUGUUCCAUCCGCCACAGCAGCAGCUGGUAGCGGCAGAGGUGCUGCUCCCGCCUCCACCUCCGGAGAUGGACAUGUGCUAAAUUUGGUCUGUGGGUUCGGUAUGUGUUUGAUUGCUGGCAACAGGUGCGUUUUCUAACCCGUUCUUCAGUCUCUGUUUUAGUUGCUUACAGGUGUUGCUGCUCUCCUAGCUCAAGGUACAUGCCCUCCCCUUCCCGGCCCUAUCUUUGAUUCAGCACUUAUAAUGACGUAUUGCUUAACUAUGCAGCUAUAAGUAUCUGAAACAUUAAGUGUUGAAACAGAAAAUAUCUUGAUUUUAGGUUCCAUAUAUAGUGUAGUUGUCUGUGGCCCAUAUGAUUUGGUGCAGAUUUCGCUGCUUGUGCUAGACAUUCUGUUUUCAAUUUGUUUAGGCACUACUAGAAAUUGGAAGAUGCUUCAGGUGCUUCUUGUUUAGUAGCUAUUAAAUGGUAUGUUUUUUCAAGCCUCAAUCUAUCUUUUGUAAAACAAUGAAUCCACAAUGUGUUCAUACUUCAGUAGUUGCAAAGUGGGAGCACUCCAGUGAAUUUAUUACUUAAUUGUUCUGGUAUGUCUUUUCCUUGUUUAUUACUUUCUGUAUUUUGUGUUAUUUGUGAUAAACAGGCUUUCUUGAUGAAAGGAUCAAGUGGCAAGCAUCAGUGAGAGCACAUCACUUGAUGGCCCGAUCUGGACGUGAUCAUCACAGGGAAGUGGAGUAAAAGAUCAACCUGUUGAGUGCCAUGACAACAAAAAUGCCAGCGUGCUAAAUUAGGACAGAACUAAGUAGACCUGGAAAAUACUGCGAACGAAGUGGGAGAAGAACCAAGUUUGAAGCUUUUAACUGGAAUAGCUAUUACUUUUGUGUAGUUCGAAGUUUCUCAUUUGCAAUAGCUACUUUUUAUUUCAUAGUUUGUUCAGUAUCUUUAGGAAAUAAGAUAUGGUUUUUUAUAUCUCUAAAAGAAUUUCAGUUGCCAUUGUCUGUCCUGGAGUAGUGCUAAAAAUAAAUUUGUUUGAUUUCACAUGGUCUCUUGUUACUUGGGUUUCUUUUGUUCUCUGUGUUGUUUCUGCUGGGUCUUUGUCACUCCUGGUCACCCAAGUGUGACCUCUGUAGUAUAUGCACAAAAAUAUUACUAGUGUUGAAAAAGGUCUGAAAUUUUUUAAAUAAAUGGUACAGAACAAUGGUUUGUAUAUAUAGUUUAGUUACAUGUUUUUUAGUAUGUGACUGUACUGUGAAAAUCGGACAAUAGGCAACUAGCAUCUGGUACUUCCAUUGCAGGCUGAUUGGGAAGUCUAAUUGAAUUGUGGUGAUUGGCCUGAUUGGUGUUGGGUCUCACACAGAGGCCAUAUGCGGCAUGUGCCAAUGGUUAUGAGUUCCCUUUCUGCAAAAUGGAACAGCUAAAGGAUUUUGUUUUCCCUUUUUGUGCGCAUAAUAAAAAAAUGAAAUGAACUGACUAUUAAUACUGUUGUACUGUGUCACACUAAUUCUGUUUUAUGUUUUGGAAUUAGCUAGUCACUUGAUAUAUGUCAAAACUGCUAAUCUGAUAGGAUUUUCUUGUUAGUGAUAUCGAUAGCUAAUCUAACAUUUUGUUUGUGUGACCUUUUGAAUUAUUAUUCAAGUCUCUGUUUAUUUUUUACAUGCUUAUAGGUGUUGCUGCUCUCCAUGCUCAAGGUACAUGCCCUCCCCUUUUGGACCCUUUCUUUGAUUCAGCAUCUUUAAUGUCGUAAUUGCUUAAUUGUGCAGCUAUAAUAAGGAUCUGAAAUCUGAAAUAAUAAGUUUUGAAACAGAAAAUGUCUGGAUGUUAGGUUCCAUAUAUAGUUGUUUGUGGCCCAUAUGGUUUGGCACAGAUUUCUUUGCCUGUGCAAGACUUCUGUUUCCAAUUUGUUUAGGCACCAAUGGAAACUGGAAGAUCCUUAAGGUGUUUAGCUAUUAAAUGGUAUGUUUUUCAAGUUUUGUUCAAUCUAUCUUUUAUAGAACAAUGAAUCCACAAUUCUUAGUGUUGUGGAUGAUUGACUUGCUCCUUAAGGAUCUUCCUGGUGUAGGUUAUCCUCUCUUCGUUGCUAGAAUGAGCAUUUUGAUGUUGCUGCUCCUUGCGUUGCAUUUCUGUUGGUGUUAUAUUAUAGUGUGGAUAGUUCUGUUUACAAUUCUACUAGUGUAUAUUGCUUUCUUAGUUUCUUUUGCUAGUACAGUCAUUGAUUGGGUGCAUUGCGCUAUAGUUUCACUGCCAUUUCUUAAUUUUACAGCAUGUAAAUUCUUUUGUCACAUGACCCAUCUUUUAGCUGUGAAAUUAAAUGCGAGUGUGUUGAUAUAUAUACUCGGAAAUGUACUUCAUAUAUUUAACAACCUGACUUGACUACAAAAGAUCAUGAGUCCAUGUUGAAUUAGCACUAAUAAUCUGAACAUUGUUAGAAGUGCAAUCCUUUUCUAGAAAUUAUUUCACUUGAGAAGGAUGCAUUUACUUGCACCAUUUACUUGGACCUGUCAACAUAUGUAGGAUAUCGAACGUCAUAAUGUUCAAGUGCACAUUAUGUUCAACAAGGAUGAAUGACCCGGUUCAGGCAGGUCUUCACCAACUACAACUGGAAGACAGAUGCUCAAUCAUAUACAUUGUGGACAUAGCAUUGAUGAAAUACAGAGGCUAGAUUCUUUGCUAAGACAGCCUGAAUCCUAUGAUACAGAUUCAUUUUCUUAGUAGAUUGUUCCCCUUUUAUGGGAAAGCUAAUGAUUUCAAUGUUGCUAUGGGCAUCAGAGGCCAACCAUUGUACUAUAGGGCAUAGACAUAUUGUUUGAACCGCUUAAUAGUUUUAUCAGGCUUCAAAAGCCUCAGCUUGGAAUGGUAGUAUAUAUGUAUAUACCUGGCUCAAUGGGCUUGCAGUACCAUAUAAAUGGGAAUUACAGCCGUACAUGGACUGAGUGUGUUGUGUAAUAAAAAAGUACUCCACAUGUUAUGCGUUGGAGUCUCUAAUUAACUAU